UCUGCCAACUUAAUUUUCUCAAGGCUGGUUUUUCAAGUUUUCUUGAUUGUUGUUUCUUAAUCUUGUUGCUUGACCUUAUUUGGUGUUUCCAAUUGAAGUCUUCACAUUGAAGACAAUUUAAUAUAAUGAUGAUUAUCAAAUAGAAGAUAAAAUUUCAGUGUUGACUGUUAUCUUCUUCUUGUUUCAUUUUCAAACAAAAUGGCGACCAGAAAAUUGAAGAAAUUUCUAAUUCUAUUGGACGAUGAAAGUCUCCUCUAUUUCCCUGGUUCAUUUCUUUCAGGUAAAGUUUUAUUGGAACUCGAGGAAUCAACACCAGCCAUAGGCCUUUAUUUUCACAUCAUUGGUGAAGGUGUUGUUAAUCUGUCGGAUAAAGGAAGGAUAAUCCAAACGGAUAAAGAAAAUUACAUCGAUUUUCGGAUGAGGCUUCUUGGCGAAGGUGAAACCAAAAGUGAUAUCGGUAGCACUGCGAACGGAUCUGUGGCCAGUAAUCGAGUGCUCAUUUUGUCCCCUGGAGUUCACACUUUUCCCUUUAAAUUAGGCCUUCCUUUGGGUCUUCCGUCAACAUUUCUAGGUAAACACGGUUGGGUCCAAUACUAUUGUAAAGCCGUUCUAAAGGAUCCUCAUAAUGUACUUCAUAAGAACCAGCAAGUUUUCAUUGUGAUGAACCCGAUUGACCUUAACUUGGAACCAACUUUAUUGACGCAACCUUUUCAUUGUGAAGUUGAAGAUAAAAUUGGGAUAAACUGUAUAACCCGAGGAUUGGUCAGUUGCCGUGUUCGUCUUGACCGUGGAGGUUACGUUCCAGGAGAAAGUAUCAAAAUCUAUGCUCACAUCGAAAACAAUAGUAAAGUUACAAUUAAAAAGACCAAAGCCAUUCUAACAGAGACAAUUCAAUAUACAGCGAAAAAUAAACUGGCCCAUUCCGAGUCACGGGAACUUGCGUCCAUCGAAAGAGGCAAAAUCGUUCCCAAAGCCUCCGAUCAAUGGAGAGGUGAACUACUCUACAUACCACCGUUACCACCGACAAAUCUUCGUGGUUGCCACCUAAUUAAAAUUCAAUAUGAUGUCUAUUUUAUCGUUGAUGGUAAAGGAAGUAAACCAAUUAAACUGCAACUUCCGAUCAUGUUGGCAACUUACCCGUUGCGAAACAAAGAUGGCACAUUGUCAAGGCGAAAAGGAACUCACUAUCCGUCGACUCUUCCGAUUUCGAGGCCAUGGCUUGACGGGGAAAAGAAAUUGAAACCUUAAAUUGUCAAUCAACUAUUAGGCAAUUUUCUUUAAUUGAAACAAAUUGUUUCGUAAUAACAACAAUAACGAAUCACAAUUAACAUGGAAACAUCAAUAACUCGGCUUCAAAUUUUCACUGAAUUUCAAUCAAUUUGAUUAUUCUUGAUUCUUGUUUUGUAGCCUCAUCUUUAAUUAAACCUCCAAGGACUCAAUUAGUUGAUUUAAUUAACAAACAGAUAAUUUGAGUUAAAACCUUUUCUACUAAUCAUCAUUUUCGUUGAUUAUUAUCAUUUGAUUAUCUAUCCCUCUUCAUUAAUCACUAAUCACUUUUGUAACAUUGAAUACAUGAUAAUAUGAUUGUGAUGAAAACUUUUUAAUUGUUGAUGAUUAUAAAUGUGAACAAUUUUACAAUGAUUAAUUUGAUUUUCCCCAAAUCAACCUUGUAAACACAACAUGAAAUCAAAACCAUUUGAUUAAAUUUGGAUAAUUUAACAAAAACCAAACAAAUGAAAUUAACUGAUUAACGAUUAAAUUUAAUCGCUCACAAUUAAAUGAAUAUCAGAAUGAAAA